AUGAAAUGGCUCAACCGAUACUUACCUGAAGACCAAGAGGAUGGAAAAAGCCCCGAGAAGAGCGAGGAAGAAACGAGCGAGGAAAACAUGCGUCAGGGAGAAAAUGACGGAAAAGAGCCCAAUGGCAAACAAGAGGGCAAUGAAAGUCCUGAUGGGAGCGAAGAACAUAUGUCUCAGGAAGAUAUACGCGAGGAAGAAAAUGAUGAAAAGGAGCUCAACGGCAAACAGGAGGGCCAUAAAAGUCCUGAGUGGAGCGAGGAACAUAUGUGCGAGCACGAGGAGACAAGUGAGUGGGAUAGUAAUGAGGAAAGUGACAAGGAGAGUGAAGAGCAUCUAGAACGGCGACGCAAACGACGGGAAGAGCUGUGCAGACUAAACGAAGAGAGGUGGAGGAAGAUUUAUGAGGCUGAAGAGGCCCGGAUGGUAUACGAAUGGAAUGUCUACCAUUAUCCAGGGUACUACUGGUUCAAACCCCUGGAGAAUCAUCACGAUUUUAGGAUUAUACGCACAGGCCGCAGGAAUAAUCCCUUCCAAUGCCAUCAAUGGGCUAUGGCGUUGAUCGACAUGUCUGAUGAGAAUCGACCAUCUAUCACAGAGCUGGUAGUGCUCGCCAAUCGAAUGUUGAAAGCAAUGAAUUUGCAGAAAAGACGUCUCAGCACAUCGCAGAAUGACAACAACCAGUUGCACCAUCUUUUCCCGACAACAAUUGUCACAUUUGAUAAGUACAAUCGUGCGCGUGUGCUAUCUGGGUACUACGAUGGUGGAUUGAAAGUUCAUUUCACAGAGUCGUUGGAUUUUGAUCCGUGCACAAGAUAUGUAUUCCAGGGGUCAAUUGACGAACGGGAAUGGGUUAGUGAUCACGAGUAUGGGGAUAUGAUGAGGCGUCUGGCUGCUUGGACAUGGCCUAUAGCACAGAUGAACACCGCUCAGACUUUCACACUGCCCAUUAUAUCUGGGGGCAUGGGAAGUAGGGACCACGAGCUAUAA